AAUAUCCCCACCCUGUUCAUGCAGGGGCCGAUUCGGUACCAAAUAAGGACAUGAGCGCGACCGUUUGAAGUGACGUCACUGAAAUGGAUGGUGGAAUAAGGAGUCUUUCGCUCAGAGGAGGGAGCAGAGCAGUGUGGUGGUGGUGACGACCCGCUGACGCGGUUUCCACCUGGAGCAGAAAGAGACAAGGAGGCGACACAGAGCAUCAGACUCAGCCUAUUUGGUUUUCAAGCCGAAGCUGAAGAAUAUUUCCAAAGAUAUCCACUCGCCUCUGCAGACAUGGAGGCGGCGAGUUUGGCACACGGGGUUGCGAGCCCAUUGAGCCCGCGCGAGGGCAUGAUCAAGAACGUGAGCCUGGAGUCGCUCCAGCUGUGCGAGAGAGACGGUAAGGCUGAGGAUCCCGGAGUGGUUGGAAUGGAGUUACCCGUUGCUCGCAACAUCAAGAUCAGUAACAUCACCUGUGACUCCUUUAAGAUCUGCUGGGAUAUGGACCCUCACACCACAGAGAAGAUCACACAUUACUUCAUUGACCUUAACAAGAAGGAGAACAAGAACUCCAACAAAUUCAAACACAAGGAUGUGCCUACGAAGCUUGUUGCUAAGGCAGUCCCGUUGCCCAUGACAGUGCGAGGCCAUUGGUUCCUGAGUCCACGGACAGAAUACACAGUUGCCGUGCAAAUAGCAUCCAAACAGACCGAUGGAGACUAUGCUGUGUCAGAAUGGAGUGACAUUGUUGAAUUUUGUACAGCUGAUUAUUCCUCAGUGCAUUUGACGCAGCUGUUGCAGAAGGCUGAAGUCAUUGCUGGCAGGAUGCUCAAGUUCUCCGUCUUUUACCGGAAUCAGCAUGAGGAAUACUUCCAACACUGCAGAGAUGUUCUUGGUGGUCGAAUGAUGCCUUCGGUAAAAGAUAACAGUGGUAGUCAUGGUUCACCUCUCAGCGGUAAACUGGAGGGGAUCUUCUUCAGCUGCAACACUGAAUUUAACACAGGUCAGCCGCCACAGGAUUCCCCAUACGGUCGAUUCCGCUUCCAGAUACCCGCUGAGGUUCUGUUCACCCCUGAUACACGCGUCUACUUCGGAGACUUCUACUGCAUGUACACUGCCUAUCAUUACGUUAUCCUCGUCCUGGCUCCCAGAGGGUCGCGUGGAGACCUUUACUGCAGAGAUCGCCUUCCGGAGCUGGAUGUGACGAACAACCGCUUUCUGACACGUGUGUGCGGAGAGGACGGGCGGGUGGUGUUUCAGCAUGCGCAGGAUGUGAUACUGGAGCUGAUUUAUACCGAGCCGGUGCCGCUUGCACAGGGGACUGUCUCUCAGAUCAGCGGCCACCAGUUGAUGAGCUUGUCAACUGUGAAUGCUAAGAAAGACCCCAGCUGCAAGACCUGCAACAUCAGCGUUGGCCGCUAACUUGGGGGAACGUUCACACACAGACCCAAUUGCGCAUAUAAGAAGAAGACCUCCAGAACAACUGAACAAACAACCUCAGAAUGCUACAGAAACAGAUGAACCCCAAGAUAAAUGGCCCAAGAAUACUCCCAAGAUAUUCCCAUGUGACACUCAAACCUUCAAAUCUUUGCUCAGUGUACUGCAACAGAAAAGCGUAAGACAAAAAACAGAUUCAAGGCAAAAAAUUGAAAACAUAUCAAGAUUUGAAUCAUUUUAAAAAAUGGAAAAUUUGAAAACAGAGACAAAGUGUAAAAGCUAAAUUUCCAAAAACUUUAAUCCCACUGUGAAUCUUUCAUGUGUUCUUGGUGCUUUUUCUGCUUGAUAUUCAGACCCCAGCCCUGUUUAUCCCCAAACCAUUUGUGAGUUUUUUUAACAUGUAGUGACUCUCAGACAUGGAUGUUUUGCUCAGUUUUCGCCGAGGCCAUCAAACUGCCUGUGUCUUUUUUGUUGGACUUGUACUGCAUGAAGUCUGAUCCUUUAAGCAUCUACAUGCCACCUCAGCCUUUAAACCUUCUAUGUGGGGAUUUUCUUCAGUUACACAGAUCCUGUUGUCUAUGUGCCCGCUGAGCCUCCAUUCACCCUCUGAGGACUUCUACUGCAUGUAUACUGCCUAUCAUUACAUGAUCCAGAUGGAUUUUACAAAAAACAAAUGCUUUAAGAGUUAUACCAACGGAUCCUUUAAGCACCUACAGUUGAGGUCAAAAGUUUACAUACACCUUCAUUCUGCAAAAUGUUAAUUAUUUUCCCAAAAUAAGAGGGAUCAUACAAAAUGCAUGUUGUUUUUGUACUUAGCACUAACCUAAAUAAGAUAUUUCACAUAAAAGGAUAUUUAUACAUAGUCCACAAGAGAAAAUAAUAGUUUAAUCUAUAAAAAUGACCACAUUCAAAAGUUUACAUACAUUAGAUUCUAAAAUAUGAUGUUUUUUUUUUUUACCUGAACAGUUAAACUGCCUGUUGUUCUUCAGAAAAAAACCUUCAGGUUUCACAAAUUCAUUGGUUUUUCAGUAUUUUUGUGUAUUUGAAGCCUUUCCAACAAUGACUGUAUGAUUUUGAGAUUCAUCUUUUUACACUGAGGACAACUGAGUGACUCAUAUGCAACUAUUACAGAAGGUUCAAACGCUCACUGAUGCUCCAGAAGGAAACACUGCAUUAACAGCUUUUUUGAAUUUGAAAAUCAGGAUAAAUUUUACUUAUUUUGUAUUCUGGGAAACAUGCAACUUUCUUCUGUAGCUUCUGAAGGGCAGUACUAAAUAAAAAAUUAAAUAAAUAAAUAAAAAUAUGAUAUUUAGGCAAAAUAAGAAAAAUGUACACAUUCUCAUUCUGUUCAAAAGUUUUGGUAAAAUAAUUAACAUUUUUCGGAUUCUGCAAGGUGUGUUAAACUUUUGACCUCAACUGUAUAUGCCACCUCAGCCUUUAAACCUUCUCCUUUACCCUCAGUCUUUUCAUUUUUUACUCUAAUCGCAGUUCUCCUUUAACCUUUCUUACUCAUUACACAUGAUGUUCUUGUUUCAUUGUUCUGUUUUUGUUUUUAGAGACAGUGUGUGUUGCAGUAUUAAUGGUGUGAUGAUUCCUGAUAGAACGUCAAGCAGUAAGUAGAACUGAUUUGUGUAUAACACAUCCUAAACAUAUCCAUGGCAGGACACAGAUGUGUCCAGGUUAUUGAGGAGUUUGCACUGUUCUAUCAGAGGCCUGACGGUCUCAUUCUUGCACCCUCUGCUGGAGAAAAAGUUCAAUUUCACAGAUGCAUGCCUAAGAUUUUGUGCUGUACUGUAUCUGGACUUGUUAUUUGUUCCUUAACAUGCAAAAAUAGAAACUAAUCACAGCAGACAUGGAUGCACAAAGUUUAUUUUUCUUUUUUAAAAAACUCUUAGCUGAAAGUAUUCUAAAAUCUGUGGUCAACAUGUAGCUUUUGCUUAAAAUAUAAUAUUAGAAUUUUAUUAUUUUGUCCACUAUACUAAAUUCUACACUGUAUGUACUCAUACUGUUCAAAUGUUUGGGCUUGGUAAGAUUUUUUAAUGUUUUUUAAAAGAAUUCUUUUAUGCACACCAAUUAUUAUUAGAUUGACAAUACUGCAGCAUUGUAAUACAAUAAUAUUGUGAGACAUUAUUACAAUUUAAAAUUUUCAGCAUCAUUACGCCAGUCUUCAGUGUCACACGAUCCUUCAGAAAUCAUUCUAAUUUGUUGAUUUGGUGCUCAAGAAGCAUUUAUUAUUAUUAUCAAUGUUGAAAACAGUUAAUAUUUUGUGGAAGCGAUGAUACAUUUUUUCAGGAUUUUCUUACUGACCCUAAACUUUUGAACAGUAGUGUGAAAAAAAUAAAGCCCAGUGAGUGUGUUUUGUGUUUUCUGAGAGUUCUGAUUAUAUGUGUGUGUGGUUGUGUUUGCAUGUUUUGUCUGUAUACUGUGUGUAAGUAAGUGUGUGAACUGUUUAGACUGCAGUGUGGUGUGUGUCCGCUGGAGAUAUGACUGUUUGACUGAUAAAGCAGCAACUGUUUGCUCAGUUCAAGACAAUUUGAAAUACUCAUCUCUUGCGGGAGGAAGUCUGUGUUAUCUCUGCACUUCAUUAGAGAAGAAGGGAUGAAAAAGGAACAAAAAAAAUGUGUUUAUUGACUCUCUAUACAUCCAUGACUUUUAUUGCCUUACUCUAGUCUUACACUGUAGAAAAUGUUAGUUCAAAUUUGGACUCAUGCACAGGACAGUAACCCAAAUCAAGUUCUCACUGUGUGAAUGUGCCUCAGACUGACAGACAUGAUCAGUAAAUAUUGUUUUUCUUGUUGCCAUGUUUAUGAAUACCAAAUGUGACUGUUCAUUAAAGAUCAUUCAGAAUGAGA